GCGUGGUUUUGUUCACUGUUUUCAUAUAUGAGACUGUUGUUUGUUGUUCUGGAUAUUUUACGGAUUUAAUCAAGAUAUACGAACUUUAUCGUUAAAAUUGUACCAAGAAGCUAGUCACGAGAGCUAAUUUAAGCAUCGGGUGAUUAAAUCGCGUUAUUUAAAGGGACGCUUAUCUUGUUCCGUAGGUUAAUUUGUUCUAGGUCAAUAGGGGGAUGCUGCGAUCGGUGUCUUGGAGCUCGACACAAUCGCUGAAUUUAAUGUGUUUAUUCCAAAUAAGAAGCUUUAUGAUAGGAGAAAGCGCCUGCAGGAUAUGUCAGUCUCGACCGAAUCAUUAUAAAAGAUACUGAAUUUAACUUGCAUAGUUAGUAUAUUUUAUCAGCGUCCUGUUCCGCGUAUUUUAGCUUGUAUUGUGUUCAUAGUUGCACAACAAAUCUUCAAACUGAACCGUCUUGGACCGAUUCUGCUGAUCUCUUUACUGUCCAUUUGCAUUAAUCGGUAUGAAGCUUUUGGAGAAUUCCUGUUUUGAGGCGUUAAGCUUUCAGCUGUGUGUUGAAACUGGAGAUGCUCGCAUCCUUGGCAGGAUAGAGAGUUACUCUUGUAAGAUGGCUGGGGAUGACAAACACAUGUUUAAGCAGUUCUGCCAGGAGGGGGAGCCACACGUACUGGAAGCUCUGUCACCCCCUCAAUCCAGCACCGCUCCAAGCCCUAAUUUAUUGGCAAAGAGCAGUGAGGAUGGAGAGAAUCCACUAAGUGAUAAGUGUUGCAGAAAGACUUUGUUUUACCUUAUCACCACCCUGAACGAGUCGUUCCGGCCUGAUUAUGACUUCAGUGCUGCCCGUGCCCAUGAGUUCAGCCGUGAGCCCAGCCUUAACUGGGUCGCUGACUCCGUUAACAGCAGCCUAUUUUCGGCUGUGGGGGAACAGUUCAACUCUUUGGGGCCAGAACUGUGGAGUGCAAUUGACCAAGAGAUAAACCUGCAAGGCUGUGACAUCUAUAGCUACAACCCAGACCUUGACUCCGACCCCUUUGGAGAGGAAGGCAGCCUGUGGUCCUUCAAUUACUUCUUUUACAACAAGAAACUUAAACGCAUUGUAUUCUUCACUUGCCGUUCAGUCAGUGUCCUCAGUAGUUAUGGUUGUGGUGGUCUUGACAAUGAGUUGGACAUGGAGCUGGAUGAUGAUGAAGAAGCAGAUGGCUUCACAGAAGACAGCUAUCCCCGAGCGCUGUGUGUCUAAAAGCUUUCUCAGGGAUGUUAACCUGACAUUCAGCCAAAUGGCCUCACCAUUACCUUUUCACUUUGAGUUCAUCUACCACUUGAGGAUAAAACUUGGAUUAUUUUUUGUUUUUGCAUUAUUGGCUUGGUCCAGUUGGGCUGACGAUGGGCAAUUUUUUUCUUCUUUUUUUUGUAAUUCAGAGCUUUUAUUCGCCCUUUUGAAAAGAUGACAGACUGUGAUGGAAAGGAUUUCCAAUAGAGCUGCUUGGACAUGAACUCAUAUGGGCAUGGGCUAAGACACACACCAAAUAAAACUUCACUGGAAACUAUGUUUUCAGCCCUCCUGUGAAAUGUCAUCAUAGCAGCUUAAUCAAACACCAGCAUUUUUGAAAGUUGAGGAAUUUUUUUCAACUCACAUUGGACUACAAAGACAUUAUUUCUGAGCCACCUUUGAUUUAUUGGAUCUUUUAAUGUUUUCAUUUUGUGUGUGUGUGUGUAAGUCUACUAUGUUAAAGCUUUUAUCAGUUUUUGGCAUACCGUUUCAUUUAAAACAACUUACAUUUCAUCAGGAUGUGUUAUCUGGGAAAUUGUCUUGUGUAAUUUCACAAACGUCAUGUUUAUCAGAGCCUAUUGCAUAAUUACUUUAAGCUUGAAUUAUAUAAGCUUUUUUUUAAAUAGCUUGUUUUAUUAAAGAUUGUACUUGCAAGCAGUUUUAAAGAUGAACAUUCUUAAUGUAUCUGAUUGACAUAAAAACGUGAUUGCUUUGUUAGUGUUUUGACAUGGAGAGAGACAUGGGAAUGGAAUCUGCUUUUGUAGCCAUUUUAGCAUUUAAAUGCUUUUACUGUGUCACAAUUGUAUGGAUGAUUUUGCAUCUGUGAUUUUUCGUUCAGGAAAAUAUAAUUUUUGCCUCGUUUAUCAAUUGUAUCGUUUCUUCACGUGUAUUUGAUAGGUAAUUACUUUUAUUAAAUUAAAACCUAUUUGACACUU